AUGGAGGCUAAAUUCCCACUUUUAGCUUGGAUUUUGCUUCUGGUCUGCGUCGUAUGCGUGGUGUCUGAACCACCGAUACCACCAACGGAAGAAGGAUUCUUCCGUUAUGGAGAGGAGAACAGGGACGCUAAACUAACAAAGGGAAAUGACAUAAGUUCAUCACCGUUGACUCUGCGAUGGGGUUUACCAUUUUACAACAGGAAGUACUGGACCAUUUAUGUAAAUGACAAUGGGGUAUUGUCUUUUGUGAACUCCUACUCCGAUCACUCAAAGGAACAAGAAAAGUUCCCCCUUGGAGAUUUGCCGGUCAACACAUUCCAGGUUGUCUUGGCAACGGACGAAUUUGAAACGUUUGCGUUUUUCCGUUAUGAAAGGGUACAGUGGACUGCGGGGACAGAGAGUGGGGCGUCUGAAAACACUGGUGACACCGGUGUGGCUGCCUUGAUGGGUUUCAACGCUGGUGAUGGCGACAGGGCCUACGAGGAGUCUGAUCAUAGCGGUAACCAUGCCAACCUCAAACAGCUACCGGUCAGUACAAACUCAGAUGAGAGAGGGAUGUUCAUCUACCAUAUAAGUCGUGCCAACAUCAGGGAUCCCAAAUGCGAGUCAGCUAUCGUGAGAACCUUCCCUCGGUUCGACUCCAUGCUGGGUCAUUCUUGGAUGUAUGCCGGUGGUCCGUGUUUCGAUAAGACUAGAGACCAUUGGUUGCUGUUUGGUGAUGUGGACGAUCCGAAGGCCAUCACUAAUUGCACGUAUCACAGUCGGCGAAUGGUCUACUGUUUCUCACCGACAUUCUUCGAGGUCGGGAGCAUGAAAGUUCAUCUCUCGACAGACGACGGUAUGAAUUGGGAUUUUACUGGUGAUUUUGACGUCGUUAAAAUUGGCGACACGCCCCAGAGGGUUACCCGGGUGAAUCCGGACAGUGAAUCGUGGCUCCGUGGCGACCGACCUGUCACCAUCGAGUGGGAUCCCAAGCUGAUUAACUUCACGCAGGUCCGGAUUGACAUUCUUGCAUACACAGAGCCUAUCGAUCCAGACACAUUGGAGCCUGGACCACCUACAUGGGAAGAAAUUGAUGAGGUGUCGUAUACUGUUGAAAACACUGGCCGCUACACAUGGCACUCUAGAGCAGUGUUCCAAGUGAAUGAUCGUAACUGCAUGGGUGUGAUACGGGUUACCAGGCGCUUCAAACGCGAUGAUUUUGCACUGUGGAGUGAUCUCCACUUUCUCGGCUACAUCAUGAACGACAAAUUCCAGAAUGACCCCGCCGUGUACUCCAACCAACGCUGCGAGGAAUUCUUCGACAGGGAGAAGGAAGCUGAGCACGACAUUGACCUACAGAACAACCUUCGUCCCUGCCCCUGCAAUCUGACGCAGGCACUCGCCGAUAGAGGGCGCUUUAAGCCAGAUCCUAUGUGUAACAUGGACGAUGCCGUACAGGAUCGCACGCAGGAGUACUGCAGAUUCCGGGAUGAUGUUGUUCACUGUGUGACUAGCAUUGUACCAUCUGCCACCGGACAUGACUCUUCUUGUUGCUACGAUGAGUUUGAGAAUCUGGUCUACGCCGGCGACAGUUCCUCUGGAAGUUUCUCAAGAUACGUCACCGUUGAAGGAAGGAAGCCUUAUCGAGAAGCUACUAAGGUGCCACAGUUGUCUUCAGCGAUAGCGGACUAUGCUCCUUACUACAUGUGUUGUAUAUGGGGAGACCACUGCGAUUACUACCAGGAAGUACGUCCAACGCGAGACUGCAGAUGGUAUCGUCCAGUCAGAGCAGGGUCGGUAUUUGGCGACCCCCACUUCAUCACAUUUGACGGUGUGACGUUUACGUUCAACGCCAAGGGAGAGUAUACACUGAUUGAGACCACGUCACAGUCGCAGACCAAGUUUGAACUUCAGGGUCGUUUUGAGCAGAUCGUCGAUAAUGACGGUAUACCUAGAAAGGCUUCAGUGUUGACAGCUGUCGGUAUGCGCCAGGAAGAUUUGCCCAAGGUGAUGGUGCGUAAGUCGGACCGUACCGUUCUUGAAGUGUACAUUGACACUCAGCUCCUAGAACCAAAAAUGCAGACUACUAUUGUUGGAGAGGGCUUCUACCUGACCUUCCCGCACAAUUACGAAAAUGGAAACUUGACACAGGUUAUCGUGACGUGGACCGACUCAGAAAUGGCCGUCAUUGUCAACGGAACACAAGAGAUGAUGACUGCCCAAGUUCUUGUCCCUUAUAAAUUCAGAAACUGGGUGAAUGGUCUUCUGGGCUCAUGGGAUGACAAUGAUAAGAAUGACCUAAGGUCAAGGUCAGGAGCACAAUUCUUACCUACGGAUGACCCCGAAGUUCUCUUCAGGGACUUUGGUCAAUCAUGGGAAAUAGAGAGCAUCAAUACGUUGUUCCAGUAUGACGUCCGUGGCCACGACUUCUUCCAAGAUCCCAACUUCAUCCCAGACUUCAACCCGCCGACAGACGUUGGAAUCAUCGAUCCAGACAACCUGAACCGAAUCUGCGCUGGUAACAAGCUAUGCGAGUACGAUUUACAGUCCACUGGGAAUGUUGAGCUUGCUAAAGCAACAAUGAUGGCCUACAACCAGCACUGGCUGGCCCACGGGGCUUCUGCUGAUCUUGUGACUUGUAAAUACCUGAAGACUCCCAAGAAUGGAACCAAGACUUUCUUGAGGAAGAGGAAUCACCAGAUUGGAGCUGAGGUGGAGUUUACUUGUGAGGAUAGCUUCAUCUUAGUUGGUUCCCCGUAUCGUGUGUGUGAACCCCAUAGAGGAGCUGAUGUAGAAAACCCACAGGGACAGUGGAGUGGCAACUCUGACGACAACGAGUGCAUAGAAAGCCAGAUCUGUGGUGGACUGCCGACCCCGAAGCAUGCUAGCAUCGAGGUGAUUGGUCCGCCAGAGAACAUGAAGGUGGUCUACACCUGCAAUGAAAACUACGACCUUUACGGAAGGUCGGAGCGGUUCUGUGAUGCAGAGAAAGAGAACUGGAUCUACCUGGAACCAUACUGCUAUCAUAAGCUGAAUCCUGCUGAGGUUGCAGGUGCUGUUGUAGGUGGCAUCUGUGGUUUCAUCGUUCUUGUUCUGGUCAUUGCAAUCUGUGUCAUCCUGCAGCUCAAGUCACGUGCCAGAAGAAAGCAUGAGGUUAAGCAGCCUAAGAAACAGAAGAAGCAGACGAAGGAUAUUGCUGACCUCGGAGGUCGCGAACCCGCGUAUCAGGUCAGAGACACCCCCGUGGAGGUCCAGCGUUCCUACCCUCGUACUGCUGCCGAACCCUCUGGCAUGGAGUAUCAACAGCGCCCUCAAUAUGGUGGUCAGCAGAGCUACAGGGGUGGUGAUCCUCGCGGUGAUCCUCACGGUUCUCGAGGUCACAUCCAGCCGAGUCCUCACUCCUCUCAGACUCUACAAUACCAAGAGAGAGAUCCAAUGGCUCGCAGACCACCCCCUGAGAUGAUCUCCCCUACUGAGCCUCGCUACGCUUACGCCGAUCAAGGGGAUGAUAUCGAGUUGGAGUUGAAACACGGCAAGAGCUUGGAGAGCUGGGCUUAAAGGAGCAGUGGGCGGCACCAGUUUAAAGCAGCAGUUGAUGCCUAGCUUAAAGGGACAGUAGAGGUCCAAGUGACGUCGCACCAGAUGCAGAAAUAUCUAAUCACUUCCCUGUUGUUUUUUGUAUCAACAGGCAUGUACAUUUUUUUCGUAAAUUUUCACUUUUUUUUUUGCAUGUAGGUUUCUAGAGGUGGUUUGGCUCUUUAUAAAUAAUGAGCCAUUGUUUGCAAUUCACCUAUUGGCAUGUAGGUUUCUAUUGCUUUAAUUGUAUUUUUAUCCCAUUUUAGAUUAACACUAUAACCCACUUUGUAUCUUUUUUAAGCCCAUAUUACAUGAAUCACCUGCUGAGAUCACCAAAAGGCAACUUUUGUAGAUUCAAAUUUCCAUGGUGUCCGUUUGAUAAUGUCGCAGCAAGAGUUGGUUGGUACCCGCUGUCAUCUCCCUAAACCAGAUGAAUCUAUUAUUCUUUAUGACUUUUUUUAGACACUUAUUUCAGCUAAAACUUUCACUUGUGACUUUUGUUGUAUCUUUAUUUCGAACUUGGUCUACAAAUCAGCAUUACCUUGACUAAAACAAUCCCUACCCAUAAGUAGAAUUAUUAUCUUUCCAAAGGAAUAGACCCCUUGCGAUACGCGCAGCGUACUCACAUGUGUCUGUCUUUGGUGUCAUUUCGGGUUUCAAAAUCGUGUACAAACAAGCACAAAAGAGAGUUGACACCCAAAAUUAUACGCAUUGUUUAGAGGAACGUUCUGUGUUGUGUAAGAAAUCAACUAGUUCCCCCUUGUACAUGUAUAACGCGAAACGCUACAGGUACGCUGAGGUCUUGCGCUCGUUUUUGCGCAGAGAGAGCUGCUAUUGUCCGAUGAUCUGCCUCCUUUUUGAGAGUGUGACGUCAUUUGCAAUGGGUCAAUAAAGAACCCUUUGUGAUUUAUAAAAUAAAGUGCCUUACAACUGUUUCUUCAUGGAUGCUAUAGUUAGGAAACAGCUUUUUGUGGGUAAAGAAUUAUGUAAUAACUGUAAAAUUGUAAUUUUUAUGUGUUCGCACUGUAUACUCAGUGCUUUCCUGAGUUCUGUGAAAAAACCUUUGCAACUCUAGAGCAGUGUUUUAAUGCAGUUUGGUUACAAAGUAGAGUUGUUGCUUGAGUUACUUUUGCGCAAUUUAAAUUUUUCUUGCUUUGUGAUCGUAGAAAACAGAGAUUUAAUUCUAUUUUAUUAAAAAU